AUGGCGUCAGGCGCACACCAGUUGAAAGAUGCUUCACUCUUGAAGACGGCGUGUUAUGUGAAUGGAGAAUGGGUUGGCGCAGCCUCGAGCAAGGUGUUUUCUGUCGAGAACCCUUCCACUCUUGCCGAGGUGGCCACAUGCCCUGAAUUUGAUGAGAAGGACACUGAAGCUUCAAUCCUCGCCGCUCAUGAAGCCUUCAAAUCUUACCGCAAGACUCCCGCGCGAGCGAGGGCCCGCUACCUGCGCAAGUGGUACGACCUCAUGAUGGAAAACGCAGAGGAUCUGGCCGCCAUCAUCACCCUCGAGAACGGCAAGCCCCUGGCCGACGCCAGAACAGAGGUCGCCUACGCCGCAUCCUUCUUCGAGUGGUUCUCCGAGGAGGCCCCCAGGAUAUACGGCGAUACCAUCCAGGCGAGCAACCCGAGCUGCAGACUCGUCACCCUCAAGGAGCCCGUUGGCGUCUGCGGACUGAUCGCCCCCUGGAACUUCCCCGCUGCUAUGAUCACGCGCAAGGCCGGUCCCGCGCUGGCUGCUGGCUGCACUGUGGUCGUCAAGGCCCCUGCCGAGGCGCCCCUGACGGCCUUGGCCUUGGCUGAGCUCGCUCAUCGGGCUGGUAUCCCCAAGGGCGUGGUGAACAUCAUCACUGCUCUGGAUAACACUGUUUCCGUGGGCAAGGUCCUGACGACUCACCCGAUUAUCAAGAAGGUGUCCUUCACAGGCUCGACCGGCGUCGGAAAGCUUCUGAUGAACCAGUGCUCGUCAACCCUGAAGAAGCUGUCUUUUGAACUCGGCGGAAACGCCCCCUUUAUCGUCUUCGAGGAUGCGGACCUCGAGGCUGCUGUGAAGGGCUUGAUUGCGUCCAAGUUCAGGAUAUCGGGCCAAACGUGCGUGUGCGCCAACCGUAUCCUGGUUCACCGCGCUGUUUACGACAAGUUCACCAAGAUGCUCGUCGACGCCAUCAAGGGCUUCGUCGUUGGCGAUGGAUUCGGCGAGAAGACGACACACGGUCCCCUGAUUCACGGCCGUGCGGUGGCCAAGGUGGAUGAGCACGUUAAGGAUGCCGUUUCCAAGGGCGCGCGGGUGCUUCUCGGUGGCAAGCCCUUGACGGAGCUCGGCCCCAACUUCUUCGACAUCACGGUGCUGGCCGAUAUGAAGCCUGGCAUGAAGGUCUGCUCCGAGGAGACGUUCGGCCCGGUCGCCGCUUUCUUUGCCUUUGACACUGAAGAAGAGGCUAUUGCGCUUGCCAACGAUGCGGAUGUUGGUCUUGCCGGGUACUUCUUCAGCAAGAAUGUGUCGAGGUGCUGGAGGGUAGCGGAGGCGUUGGAGGUUGGUAUGGUUGGAGUCAACAUCGGCGCUAUCAGCGACCCUGCGGCACCUUUUGGUGGCGUGAAGCAGAGUGGUUUCGGUAGAGAGGGUAGCAAGUACGGCAUUGACGAGUUUUUGGUUACGAAGAUGGUCAUGACUGGCAUCGAAUAA